CAGAAACCAGUUAGUAAAGUUUACUGUCUGCUCUCUAGCAUGUUUAAUUAGUUUAUUCGUUAGCUACAUGGCCUGCAUCCACAAACGGGUUGAGUUUAAGUAAGUCAGCUGCUUGGACACGUCGCUAAGCUCCCGCCAGCCAUGCCAGAUUUUAAAACAGCACAAAUAAAGCAGCCACUCUCAGAAUUGUUGGAUGUCAAGUCACAGAAAUGUGGACUGCGGCGUACAGUGUUCUCGGUCAAUGGAAAUGAAUUUACUGGAGAGUGGAAAGACAACAAGAAGCAUGGAAAGGGAACUCAGGUGUGGAAGAAGUCUGGUGCCAUUUAUGAUGGAGAGUGGAAGUUUGGAAAACGUGACGGACAUGGUACCUACAGUGUGCUUCUCCCAGAAAGGAAGGAGUAUUCAAGGAAGUACUGUGGUGAAUGGAAGAAUGGAAAGAAGCAUGGGUAUGGGAUGUACUUCUACAAUAACUCAUCAGUUUAUGAGGGGGAGUGGAGCGAGGACUGUCGGAGUGGCUGGGGAAGGAUGUACUAUGAGAGUGGAGAUAUCUAUGAGGGAGAGUGGCUGAAGGAUAAGAAUCACGGGAAAGGCAUCAUUCGAUUUGCUAAAGGAAAUUGGCAUGAAGGCACGUGGCAAGACGGCCUGAGAAAUGGACAUGGAAAGUUCUAUUACUCCGAUAAAGGCCAGCUUUAUGAAGGCUUCUGGGUGGAUGGAGUAGCAAAAUGUGGGACCCUGUCUGAUUUUGGAAGGGAUGAAGCACCAACACCAACAAAGUAUCUAAUUCCCCAGGUUCAACUGGUGGAUACGCAGUUGGUUUUAAGGGAAGCCCAGUCAGCCUACCUUAAGCAGUGCUGAUGAAGAACAAGAAGAAGCUCAAAAGCAAGUUUCCACUCGGCCACACACUCACUGAACGGGAAUAAAACAAAUGACAUGAUUUUAUUCAG